CAUUUGCAUCGACAGGCGACGGUCACUUUCAAUCUCCUUUCACUCGUCGCAUUAGUCCACGAUGGCAGAAUCUUCGUCAAAACCGAACGUUUUGAUUUUUGGCGGACUCAAUACCUAUUCGCGGGCUAUCACUGGAUACAUGGUUCCAGAAGGGAGUGAGCCCUUGGUUUCUCAUGUUAGGAUAGUGGACAAGUAUUCUGUUCAUCCCGCGACGACUUAUCUCGGGGUUGAAUUCACAAAUAUAUUGCAGAGACCAGAAGUCGAGUACAAACAAGCUAAUUUAACUGUUCCCUCAAUCGCACAAUCUAUGUUUGACCCACCAGAUGGUCAAGCACCGUACGACUAUGUUUUCGAUUUGACUGGGGAGAUUAGACCCGAUCGGACAGACAUGAUUCAAGUUAACACAACAUGCAACGUCUCAAGAUUUCUUGGACAGGAAGCUGCGAAGCGCAAUGUCAAAGCUUACAUCCGCGUCACUCUUCCCUUCUACGAGACUUCGAGCAAAGCCACCACAUCCGAGAAAGAUAUCAAGCCUCAUGGUACAAUUGGCACUUGGUGGCACGAAACAUUACGCGUCCUUGGUGCGAUUGAAGAUCUGAACUUGGUAAUUUUGCGGAUUGGUUUCGCGUACGGACCUUAUAUUGACUACGGGGAAAUGACUACGUUCAUUACGGUCGCUGCUGUAUACGGAUAUCUCAAGAGUCCCAUGAAGUCCCUUUGGUCGCCUGGGAAAAACCCCAUGAAUACGGUGCAUUCUGAUGAUAUUGCAGGUGCCGCUUGGGCAUGUGCGCAGUGGAUGGCUUCUCAAGGCAGACGGGCCGCGAAUGCAUCGGCAGGAGAAGAGCUUGUUUUCCAUAACGAUAAAAGCAAGCUCAAAAGUGUCGAAGGGAUGAUUCCUCAUGAUAAAAAGAUCAUUGCUCCGCUGUUCAAUCUCGUCGAUGACUCACAGAGUACGCUCUUAAGCGUCGGUCAGGCGGUUACCUCGUUUUUCGGAACAACAUUCGACUUUUUCAACUUGCCCGAAAGGACGGUGUACAAGUUUAUGGAUGAUGAUAAAGCUGUUGAAGACAUCAAUGAGCACCACGUUGGUGGAUGGACCACUAUGAUCCUGAACUCAAACCCACCAAUCCCUCACACACCUUUAUCCGCAUACAUGGACCAAUACGCUCUUGAAAAACGAACGGUCGCGCUGGAUAGUACGAAGAUAAAACAGAUCGUGGGAUACAAGCUGAAGCGUCCAGAAUUCAAGCAUGACGCCAUUAAGGAUAUCGUUGACAAAUGGAAAGACGAGCAGAGUUGGCCGAUACUGUAGUAAUGAUGAUAAUUCGUUAUUUGUUCUUUCAUUUUUCUCCGUUCCUUCUACAUUUCACUCCCAAGCUUUCGUACAAGGUGCCCUUCGCGAACUAUGCGUUUUCCAUCAUGAUCGAUACAACUUUACGUUGAGAGACGUGCGUAUUGAAAAUU